UGUCCCUCAUCACUUCCUGGAGACUGGCCGAAUCCGGAAGUGAUCCUCGAGAACCUACUUUUCUACCGAGGACCCCGGCAGUCGGCGUGGGUUUAGGACCAUGAGCUGGAUUCCAUUUAAGAUCGGGCAGCCCAAGAAGCAGAUUGUUUCCAAAACAGUGGAGAGAGACUUUGAAAGGGAGUAUGGAAAACUGCAGCAGCUGGAAGAGCAAACUAAACGCCUGCAGAAGGACAUGAAGAAAAGCACCGAUGCCGACCUGGCCAUGUCCAAAUCUGCUGUGAAGAUAUCCCAGGACCUACUGUCCAACCCACUGUGUGAGCAGGACCAGGACUUUCUGCACAUGGUGACAGCCCUAGACACAGCCAUGAAACGGAUGGAUGCCUUCAACCAGGAGAAGGUGAACCAGAUCCAAAAGACAGUGAUUGAACCUCUGAAAAAGUUCAGCAGCAUAUUCCCAAGCCUCAACAUGGCGGUGAAGCGGCGGGAGCAGGCCUUGCAGGACUACGGGAGGCUGCAGGCCAAGGUGGAGAAGUACGAGGAAAAGGAGAAGACUGGCCCCGUGCUGGCCAAGCUCCACCAGGCCCGAGAAGAGCUACGUCCUGUGCGGGAAGACUUUGAGGCCAAGAAUAAACAACUCCUGGAUGAGAUGCCGCGGUUCUAUGGCAGCCGACUUGACUAUUUCCAACCCAGCUUUGAGUCCCUGAUCCGGGCACAGGCUUGUUCUCACCACUGGCAAGGUGGGAGAGGCAGUGGUACUGGAGCCAGGAGCAGGGCUUCUGCACACAGACCUCCUCACUGAUCGCGGGUAUUGGCUUCCAUCUCUGGACUCCAACACUCUCUGGCCACCAAGCUAAGGCUUCUUGUCCACAAAUUCUGCCUGCCCUGCUUCUUGUCUUAGCUGCACCUCUGCUGCCCUCCAGUGGACAUCAUCAUUCCCUGUUGCUUUCCUAGCCACAGGGGCCAUGGUAAAGCCUGAUUCCCACUUCCCAGCCUUCAUUUGGAAUGAUACCCAAAGCCAUGGCGUAGAAUGCCCAUCAAGAAGCCCAGGCAAGGUUUGGACUGGAGCCUGGACUUGCUAGUGACACGUUUUCAGUCCGGUGCUCUCUAGGGAGUGAGACAGACAACAGAAGCGGGAGGAUGCUCUCCUGUAGUCCCUGCAGGUGAGGGCUGCCUUCCAGCUGCUGCACCCUCUGUUUGGAUGAGGCCUGGAUUUACAGGAGAUCUUGGCCUGCUCUCUUUUGCUGACACCUGCCUCUGCUUCUAGUGAGCUGCAUACACCAUCCCCACCCCCAGAUCCUUAGAGGAAGCUGCAGGGUGCCCAGGCUAUGGGGUACCCCGUAACCAAGCAGCAGGGUAGCCAGGGUUGUUUACCACCUCUCCCUGUGCCAGCCUCCUUCUCACCCGGCUGCUGCUGCUAUUAGUCACUAGAGAAGUGCGCAUUCCAGAUGACUCAACAGGCAUUGUGUCUUAGGCAGGGAUUGGGGGCGGGGGUACCUGGCCCGCUACAACUUAGCUGGGGAUUCUAAAGAGACUUCCUAGGAUACCAUGUCCCACUGGCCCUUGCUGCACAGCCACCCUCCCAGUCCCCAUCGUCUGGUUUCUUAGAUGGAAGGAGAAUCCUAGAGACAUCUCAAAGUUGAGGUGCUUGAAGAAUGGGGACACUUUGAUGAGAUGUGAUGUCACAUCAGGAAGUGGAAGCUGAGGCAGAAAUGGCCUCUAGCCUCUGUGGAAAAGUCGCCAUCUAUCACAUAGAGAAACCCCUCCACUCUUGGACCUGCCUCCCACCUCUCACCCAGUCACUCUCACCACAUCAGUGCUGCUUUUCUUCCAGGCAACUUAACCUAGAUGUGAUAACUAGCAAAACUGGGAAGGGGUGGGAUCUGGGGAGCUGACACCUCCCUUAACUGGACUUCUAGGGCCAGCUCUCAAGACUUGGGGAGCCAAUGUCUGCUGGGUUCUUCUUCCAUGACCAAAAGCCCCUGGCUCCUCUCCUUGCUUAGAAACAGCAGUAAGCCCCAGGCCUGCCCUUGCCCACAUACUGCCCUCUGGCACCCUCAAAUGUAGUCUCCCUGCCCAAUCUAGCUAUUUUGGUCUUGACAAACCUUUCUCUGUGGUAUAUAUUUCCAAAAGCCCCAGCUGUGGUUCCCUACCCCUAGACUGCUGAGGGAUAGAUAGAUAGGGUGAGGUCUAAGAGGCAGUGAUGGAACAAGUGAGAGACACACCCCACCGCCUUCAGCCAGAGCAACCCACAGACCCAGAGCCAGGCCCUGCUUGUGCCUCUCACCUGCUUUGCUGACUGAGUGCUGUGUAGAACUGGAGUCCAGUUCCUGCCAACAACUCUUGUCUCCUACCCAGGUUAUAUACUACUCAGAAAUGCAUAAGAUCUUUGGAGACCUGACCCAGCAGCUUGACCAGCCAGGCCACUCAGAUGAGCAGCGAGAGCGGGAAAAUGAGACCAAACUAAGUGAACUCCGAGCCCUCUCCAUCGUGGCUGAUGACUGAGCCCCUGUCCCUCAGGAGUCCUUAGACUCUUUGGGACACAGGUGACAUCUCUAUAGGCUUUGCUCCUAGCGGGCAUGGAUUCAUGGACCUCCCAAUGGCCAGGCAGUUGGAGACAGGUGGCCACUAUUGUACCUUGCCAGUUCUCUGACUUAAAUGUCUCCAUGUCCUUAAGCCUGAUACUAGGAGCCUCACAGGCUGCUGCUUCCCUGUGUCCAGUGCUGAUAAGCAAUGUAGAAAAACCCUGGGGCCUUUUUACUUCCAGAACCGUCCAGAGUGUGCUAUAGUGUCUGGCCAACAGGAGCCUUUGGAAGGGCCUGGGCUUCCUGUGGAACUUGAAGCCUUAGCUGUCUACCUCCAGAGGACCUACUCUAGGAAAGCCACCAUCCUCUCAGGACUCUUUAGACUGCUGGGUGAGGCACAGUGCCCUGGUCUCUCAGCCUCUCUGGGCCCUUCAUGCCAACACAACCAAAGCCAGUCCCCUAUAGGUCCAGCACAGGGACAAAGCCCAGGAGUUUAGCUUUCCCUUGAACUGGGGCUUUGUCUCUAGCUGUCCACUAGGAAAUGUUACAUGUUGAACUGCUGCCCUCAAAGCAAGGCUCUGUCUCACCUGUAUUACUGGAAUUUUAUUUUCACUUGUUAUUGGAAUUUUAUUUUCAAGUAAAGUUUUCCAGUAAAACAA